AUGGACUAUUUGAAAUUAUCCAGCUUGCUCAUUCUAGCUUCUAUAGCUAUUCGUUUACUCUCCAAUCGCUACAAACACGGACUUCGCGACAUCCCAGGCCCCUUCGUCGCAAAAUAUUGCCGAUUAUGGAAACUUCAUAGCGUGUGGAAAGGCAAUCACCAAGAUGUCGCUAUUGAUCUUCACCGAAGGCAUGGCCCUUUGGUCCGUAUUGGUCCAAAGCACAUAUCCGUCGGAGAUCCAGAGGCGAUCCCGGUCAUCUAUGGAUUAAAUAACGGAUUUACCAAGACUGCGUUCUACCCUAUCCAAAGCAUUUCGUGGAAGAAGAAAUUCCAAAUGAAUUUGUUUUCCACUCGAGAUGAAACGCACCACCGAGAGCAAAAGCGAAAUGUUGCCAAUGCGUAUAGCAUGACCUCGCUUCUGGAACUUGAACCGGCAGUGGACUCGUGCUCUGAACUAUUAAUUUCACAGUUACGUCAAUUUGUUGAUCGAAAGACACCCGUUGACCUGGGAGCCUGGCUUCAAUACUAUGCAUUUGAUGUAGUUGGUGAAUUUGUCUUUGCAAAGAAAUUAGGCUUUCUCCAAGAAGGAAAAGAUAUUGACGGCAUGAUGGAGGCAAUUCAAGGGAUGCUGGUCUAUGCUAGUCUAUGUGGCCAAAUUCCCGAGAUGCACCCCCUACUCCUUGGAAACCCACUUUUCCCGAUAUUGAUGCCUAGCAUGGAAACUUGGAACCAGGUUCUUAUGUUUACUUUGAAAGCCAUGAACUCACGGUCCUCUAUACGACGUGAUGGUGAGCUAGAUAAUGACGAAAAGAACGGUGGAAAAGACAUGAUGUCAAAGUGGAUGGCAGCUCAUAAUGCGGAUCCUGAAAAGUUUUCUACAAGAGAUGUCAUUGUACACCUCUCGGGCAAUGUGUUUGCAGGUUCGGAUACUACCGCCAUCGCACUCAGAGCAGUCAUUCAUUGCCUCUUGUGCAACCCACAAGCCAUGACAAAGCUUCGAGCCGAGCUCGACGACGCGGAUAAUGAAGGCAAGCUUGGGAAUCCAGUUUCGUACCGACAGUCUAUGACACAUUUGCCUUACCUUACUGCGGUUCUGAAAGAAGCCAUGCGUCUCCAUCCUUCUGUGGGACUGAUCUUGGAGCGAGAAGUUCCGAAGGAAGGUGCCUUCAUUUGUGGAAAACAAAUUCCAGGGGGGAGCAUUGUUGGCAUCAACGCAUGGGUUUUGCAUCGAAAUGCGGAAGUUUACCCUGAGCCUGACUCAUUUAUUCCCGAACGCUGGCUAUCGAGUUCACCAGAGAAACUGAAGGAGAUGGAGCAGAGCUUUUUUAACUUUGGAUAUGGUCCGAGAACUUGCCUUGGGAAAAAUGUGUCCUUGAUGGAGAUGCACAAGAUUAUUCCGCAACUACUGCGCGAAUUUGAGAUUCGCCUGCACGAUCCAUUGAAAGCUUGGAAAACGAAGAAUGUCUGGUUUGUCCAGCAGGAAGGGCUGAUAUGUGACCUGGUGAAAAGAAGAUGA